AUUCUGGCCUCAUUCUUCCUGCCGUGAACCGCCUGUGUGAGGAAGGCGGGUGUGUGCCACCUCCCAGGUCUCAGCCACCUCGCUUGCAAAAUGGGUGUCAGAUGCCUAGGUUUUGACAGUCCUUUCAACUCUGAUGGCCUGUGACUCAACAAUAAGAAUGCGUUUCCACAGGCGGUAAAAAUAUUCUAGACUCUUCCCUUCAGUCCGCAGUGUUUACUUCCUCCGCACUUCCCCUUCCUGCCUCCUGCCCGCGGGCCAGUGGACAGUGGGCCUCAAUGGGGGCCAGUUCACCCUCUUUCCAGGGGGCUUUACGGUGGAACUCCCUCCGGAGGGCAGGAGCAGCACCCCAUGGUAGCCAGGUGGGCGAAGGGGAGCCAGGACGGUGCGCCCGCCUUGAAGAAGACGGCUUCUGACCUGCUGAGUGGUCCCAAGAGGCUGAGCAUGGACCCAGUGCACCUCAGCAUGUCCAGCGCGCCCCUGGUGAGGCACUCGGACAGGCCCCGCGUCAUGUCCAAGAGCGGGCACAGCAACGUGAGAAUCGACAAGGUGGACGGCAUAUACUUACUCUACCUUCAAGACCUGUGGACGACCGUGAUCGACAUGAAGUGGAGAUACAAGCUCACCCUGUUCGCGGCCACGUUCGUCAUGACCUGGUUCCUUUUCGGGGUGAUCUACUACGCCAUCGCGUUCAUUCACGGGGACCUAGAACCCGGCGAGCCCAUUUCUAACCACACCCCCUGCAUCAUGAAGGUGGACUCCCUCACGGGGGCGUUUCUCUUCUCCCUGGAGUCCCAGACCACCAUCGGCUACGGCGUCCGCUCCAUCACGGAGGAGUGCCCUCACGCCAUCUUCCUGCUGGUCGCUCAGCUGGUCAUCACCACCUUGAUCGAGAUCUUCAUCACGGGCACCUUCCUGGCCAAAAUCGCCAGACCCAAGAAGCGGGCGGAGACCAUCAAGUUCAGCCACUGCGCGGUCAUCACCAAGCAGAACGGGAAGCUGUGCCUGGUGAUCCAGGUGGCCAACAUGCGCAAGAGCCUCCUGAUCCAGUGCCAGCUCUCCGGCAAGCUCCUGCAGACCCACGUCACCAAGGAGGGCGAGCGGAUCCUCCUCAACCAGGCCUCCGUCAAAUUCCACGUGGACUCCUCUUCCGAGAGCCCCUUCCUCAUUUUGCCCUUGACCUUCUACCACGUGCUGGAUGAGACCAGCCCCCUGAGAGAUCUCACACCCCAGAACCUGAAGGAGAAGGACUUUGAGCUCGUGGUGCUCCUCAAUGCCACCGUGGAGUCCACCAGCGCCGUCUGCCAGAGCCGCACGUCUUACAUCCCGGAGGAGAUCUACUGGGGCUUUGAGUUCGUGCCCGUGGUUUCUCUCUCCAAGAACGGGAAGUACGUGGCUGACUUCAGUCAGUUCGAGCAGAUCCGGAAGAGCUCCGAUUGCACGUUUUACUGCGCGGAUUCCGAGAAGCAGAAACUGGAGGAGAAGUACAGGCAGGAGGACCAGCGGGAGAGAGAACUGCGGACUCUCCUGUUACAACAGAGCAACGUCUGAUGGCGGUGCCCUGGCCUCAGUUGACUCUGCGGCCAUUUCCACAUCCGAGCUCCUUCGAACAAAAAUGUGUGGAUGCAUUUCUAAAAACACUGCACAGAUGUGCUAAAUCCAUCUUCUCCUUUGAUCUGGUGGCUCAACAAGAAUCUCCACCUUCGAGAGGGUUCCUUGUUUAAAUGCUUUGUCUGAAGCAAACUCCCAAAGUUCAGAUUUUCUAAGAUGGGGCUACAUUUGGCAGGACUUGGUGUAGGGCGAUUGCAAACAUGUCCUGCAGGAUGGACGGACAGUCAGCAUGCUGAGAGUGAAGGGAAGGCAUUUCUCUAGAAGGCUAUCAGCUGUAAUAUAAGGUAUUUAUGCAAUCCGAUAUCAAAGGCAUGUGGCCUUGAAAUGUGGUUCAGUGUUCACUCACAUCAUAGUUUAAACUCUUUUCAAGCAGAGAAAAUGGUUUAUGUUCUGGAGGCUACCUGUUAAUACAACAAAUGGAGCAGGGGGAGUCUGUAUUCACAAAAUAUAAUAAUUCCAUUUCUGCCUUUUCCCAGUGGAUUUAAUUGUGCAGCGUGAAAUUGGUCCCUCAGGAAUUAACAGUUGUGAAAACAUGUACGGAUGGAACUGA